GGAACGAGAGCUGGGCCCGAGUCUUGCUCCGGAUAUUGUUACUGUUAUUGCUGUUGCUGUUGCUGUUGUUGCCCUGGUCGUUGCUCUUGACCUGGGUCGCCCCAUGUUCUUGUGGCUCUGGUGAAUUUGAGAUUGAUUGAGGGCGAAGCUGGCGUGGACGUGGCGUGCCCGGAGGCGAGGGUGCAAAGUAUGCGUCUAUGGAGGGGGCGGCAGGCGGGGUCGAUGCAGGUGUUGCGAUGGUAUCCGCAGGAAUAGAAGGUGAAGAUGCUGUAGUAAUAUCCACAUCUGAAAAUGUGUGUUCGGACCUCGGCCUUGUGCUCAUUUUGUUGUCGCUCAUACUGCUAUUGUUGUUGUUGUUGUUGUUGUUGUUGCUGCUGCUGCUGUUGUGCUCGAUAGUAUCAUCCUGGUAUGGCCGCGCAGUCGAAGUUGGGGAGGGGGGCGGGGACGAGAACGCGGGGAUGGUGUUUCGCUUGAUCUUGCUCGACGGCAACGAGAACAUGCCGGGGCUGAUAGUCGACUCUGUCGACAGGAAAGUCCGGACCUUCUCUGGGGGAGUGCUGAUGAUCGUCGCAAAGAAAUCUUCCUCCAAUACAUCGUCCAAGUCCUCCUUGAUGCCCUUCUCGAGCGGUGGUGGGGGCAAGAAGUUGCCCUGGUCAUUGAUCGUGCUCAACUGGAAGACCUGCUUGGCCUGCUCCUUCCAAUCCCGUUCCGCAGCCUUGUCCAUUGACCGCCGGGGAUUGCUUGUGGGAAAGAGCGAAGACAUGCUUGAGGGGCUCUUGACUAUGCUUGACGCGAACGACGGGGUCGUAGGCGUAGCUGAGGCGCGGUCUGAGGGGAACUGCGCGAUGCUAUGGCGUUUCAGGGUAUUGGUGCUGAAGAUCGUUCUAAUCGUGGACAGUCCCCUCCUGGGGCUCCCUGCCAUCGGUGCUGGGGCAAUGACCUGUGCUGUUGACAUUGUGGGUGGUGGGAUAUGUGCAAAGACGGAGGGUAGGUGGGUGAGUAGUGAGAAGGCGAAAGGUGAAGAGUGAAAGGAUGGAGUUUGUCGUAAAGAAAUAGUAAGGAAAAAAGGGGGUGGGCUACAAAAAAAAAAACAGGGGCGG